AUGCGUCGUGCUGUAGUUCAGAACUUGCGUGCAGUCCGCCGGCCGAACGCAGCAAGAUCAAAGGUCUCUGGCAAUGUCCUCUUCCACCGCUCGCUAGCCACCCGCUCCUCUACCGCCCCUUCGUCUAUGCGCCUCCGCCGCGUUUCCCUGGCUGUCGGUGCCGUUGCUGCUGGAGGUGCUGCCAUCUACCAGUAUCGCCAGUCCUCAAACUCCACUGCUGCCUCCGCCCAAUCUGCCUCUCCUACAAACUACGCUUCUCCCUCGGCUCCUGGUGCUACUACUGGUCCCGUGUCGGAAGAAGUCGCCGAUGCUGUCCGUCGCGCCUUGAUCGUCGAGCAAGGCGCUCUCUACACCAGCGUCAUCCCCGAUAACCAGCCUCUACACAAGGAGACCGACGACUACGGUCGUAAGGUCCUUGAGAUGUUGACGGCCGACCAAGCCACUCAGAAGCUGAGGACUAACCAGGAGUCCUACCUGGUUGGCCGCGGCUCUGGUGUCGUUCGCUACGACGUUGUCCAGAUUCCCAGCAACGACCCCAUCGAGGACGACCAUGCUGAGAAGAUCAUCCACGUACCCGAGUCUGUGUCUGGUCAGAGCGAAGGUAGCGACUGGAUGUUCUGGGGUGUCUUCGAUGGUCACGCUGGCUGGACCACGUCUGCUAAACUCCGCCAGACCCUCAUCUCUUACGUCGCUCGCGAGCUGAACACGACUUACUCUGCCGCCUCCGCAAACUCGUCUCUGAAGCCUCCUCCCUCUGACGCCGUCGACGCUGCAAUCAAGAAGGCCUUUACAUUGCUCGACCACGAGAUCACGAACGAGAGUGUCAAGAAGGUUCAGAACGCAAAGUCGAGAUCGCUGGCCGCCGAACUGCUCGCUCCCGCUCUUUCUGGCUCAUGCGCUCUGCUCUCCUUCUACGACAGUCGUUCCAAGGAGCUCCGUGUCGCAUGUACUGGUGACUCGCGUGCUGUUCUAGGCCGUCGUGCCGCCAGUGGCAAGUGGACUGCAACUGCCCUUUCCGUCGAUCAGACUGGAGGAACAGAGUCUGAGAACGCCCGUCUGCGUAAGGAACACCCCAACGAGCCGUAUGUUACCCACAACGGCCGUAUUCUCGGCGGUCUCGAACCCAGCCGUGCUUUUGGAGACGCCGUCUACAAGUGGUCUAAAGAGACUCAAGACCUUUUAAGAAAGAACUUCUUCACCCGCUCAUACUCAAAGCAUUUGAAGACACCUCCCUAUGUCACUGCCGAGCCUGUGGUUACCACGACAAAGGUACAGCCCGAAAAGGGCGACUUUGUCGUUAUGGCUACAGACGGGCUUUGGGAGAUGCUCACCAAUGAGGAGGUCAUCGGUCUUGUCGGUAUGUGGCUUGACCAACAAGCCCACACUGCUCCUCAGCAGAACCAGUCAUGGCUCAAGUCAUGGUUUAGUUCUAACAAGGCUGCAUCCGCCCUCAAUGUCGAGGGCGCCGCUCAUGGAGAGGAUGCCACUGGUCAGCGUGCCCCUAUUCGUCAACAGCAGUGGGGUGUCAAUGACCCUGAGUUCCAGCGCUUCGUUGUUGAAGACAAGAACGCCGCAACCCAUCUCGCCCGUAAUGCUCUUGGCGGAAAGGAUCAAGACACCCUGUCUGCCCUGCUCACUCUCCCCAGCCCAUACUCGCGCAGAUACCGUGAUGAUCUGACCAUCGAAGUCAUUUUCUUCGGCGAAGGCGGACCAGAACGGUCAGGUAAAGUGGAGUUGAACAAGGAGGCUUCGGCACUGAGCUCCGAGAGUGUCAAGGCUAAGCUUUGA